UGGCGGAAAGGGAUUAUUCACCGGGCUGUAAUUAUUUGGCCGAAAGGGAUUUAUUUUGCCCCAGGCCGAGAGAGCCGAAAAUCAAAUCUCUGCCCUUAAAAUCACUUCAAUCUGUUGCUUAGUUUCUGCCCUGAAGUAGCCCAUAGAGUUACAUGCAUGUUGUACACCUAAAAAUUGGAGAUUUCAUCCCUUACUAGAGAGUUAUCCAAUACAAUGGGUUGCAUGUUGAUUCAUGUUGACUGGAUAUAGGUUUCAAUCUUGCCGGGAACAUUGGCUCGACUUGAUAGAGAAGCACCAAACUACCAAAAGUAUGCCUUGCUUUACAUGACCAAAGCUUGCAUAUUCAAUCCAUGGAUCAUUAUGUAUUGCUGCAUAAAUUCAAAGUCCUAACCUUGUUUUACUUUUCUAAAAGGGAUGGCUACAACAAUUUCAAUACAUUCUACAUACAGGCUGCAUCUGGUACUAAAGGUGGCUCUAGUGGUUCCCCUAUUGUUGAUUGCCAAGGAAGAGCUGUUGCACUGAAUGCAGGAAGCAGCAGUUCCAGUGCUUCGGCCUUCUACCUUCCAUUAGACGGUGUAGUUAGAGCACUCAAUCUGAUACGUGGUUGUUGGGACACAUUUGGUAGCAAGCCAGAAUCUGCUUAUAUUCCUCGUGGUACACUUCAGGUGACUUUUCAACACAAAGGUUUCGAAGAAACUCGACGUCUUGGACGCAGGAAUGAAACCGAGCAGGCGGUACGACUUGUUUCUCCAGCAGGGGAGACUGGAAUGCUGGCUGUUGAUUCUUUGGUGCCAGAUGGACCUGCAGACAAACAUCUGAAACCUGGUGACGUGCUGAUUCGCAUGAAUGGGGAGAUUGUAACGCAAUUUCUCACUAUGGAGUCCUUACUUGAUGAGAGCGUUGGCAGCAAGAUAAAUUUGCAGAUCGAAAGAGGUGGAACUCCUUUGACAGUAAAGCUGAAGGAUUUACUGCUAGUCAGUUCGUAG